AUGCACGGGAGCGUGGAGCAGUCCUUCCGUGGUCAUGACGAGUUCACGCCCUCCGUGGUAGAAGUUUUCGUUGACACCAGUUUCGGCAUGACUUACACCGGAAACGACUACGGGUCAGCGACGAUGGUAGCGGACGACGCGUUCGUGUACCACGCCGACUUUACCGAUUUGCCUUACAUUGAUAUAGGCGGGCUGUACGCAUGGGACUUUGUUUUUGCGAACGUGGGAGGGAAGGCGGCGUUUGACAAGUACACGCACCUAAGCCUGCACACGUCUGAAGUUUCAACACCGCUCUACACCGACUUCGGGUUGGCAGAAACUAACACAACGGUUUACCUCACGUACGCCAAUACCGAGGACAACUCGCUGUAUAUUGACGCCAGCCUAACCAUCAGCGAGACCACUGCCGACAUCGCGUUUGAUCAUGCAAAAUCGGCCGUCAUGUACAGCACGUCUGAUGCCCUCGAGACGUUGACGUGGACCAAGAAUGACGACGGCAAGUUUGAGGUGGCGACAGCACAACAUCUGUUGCAGAUCAUGAACCAGGGCACCAUGUUUACUGACUUGGGUGAUUAUCCAAGCAACUAUGAUGAUGCCAGCGACAUUUAUCACGUGGAAGAAGGACUCCGUGACAUAUCCAAGGUCGGCUUCGAAGUGCCGGCCUCGCUAGUCAAUGUGGUCUUUGCCACUGGUGAUAUCGUAGAAGUUGAUAUGGCUUUCGAAAGAGAAACAACCAUGAAAACAACACUUGUGAAGAACGGCGACUUGGUGGAAAUUGAAGACGUGAACGCGCUUCUCCUACCAUUCGAUCUGAGCACAUCAGAGACACAAGAAUCUAGCCUGAAGCUAUCUGACGACACCGUCGUCACUGUGAGUGUCGCGCAAGGAUCGGGUGAAAUAUCGGUCGGAGGACAAACGUAUGAGAGCGGGAAAUCGUUCGUGAUGGAUGGUAAAAAGUGUACAGUCUAUGAUAUAUAA